UUUUACCCUAGAUUUUCAAAAUUGUCACAGCUGACUUAUGUAAACACAAAAUUUGUUUAUUUAUUUUCAAAAAUAAAUUUAAUGUUUUGUAUUUUACAAACAACGCAAGUUAAAUUUUUAAACAAAAUAUUGAGAUUAUUCAAUUAAGUCAAAUUGGAAAUCAAAUGGAAACGUAUUAAAUGCAUAUUUUGGUUAAGACAACUUUAUAAUUGCCAAAAAAGAAAACUUUAAUUGUAUAAUGGGGUCUAAUACUGACCCAAUUGUUUUAAGUUUUCAUGAAAGCUUAUUACGAGAAAGUGACAUCCAAUUGCUUCAAGGUCCACAUUGGCUCAAUGAUCAGAUAAUUUCAUUUUAUUUUGAAUAUUUAGAAAAAUUCAAAUAUAAAAACAAUUCUGAUAUUUUGUUUAUAUCACCGGAAGUAACGCAAUGCAUUAAAAUUGUUCCUGAUUCAGAUUUGCAUAUAUUUUUAUCGCCCCUAGAAGCUGAAAGAAAAUCAUUUAUAUUCUUUCCAUUAAACGAUAAUGAUAGUCAUAUGGCAGGUGGUUCCCAUUGGAGUUUAUUAGUAUUCUCAAGGCCAGAAAAAAUUUUUUUACACUUUGAUUCAUCUGGAAAUUCUAAUUAUUCACAUUGUCAAAUAUUUGUAAAAAAGCUAAAAGAUGCCUUAAAUUGUAAAAACGCGUUGUGCAAACCAAUGAAAUGUUUGCAACAAACCAAUGCAUAUGACUGUGGUAUUCAUGUUUUGGCAAUGGCAGAUCACAUAGCGAGCCAUAUUAAUCGUUUUGAAUGUGUAAAUGGAAUUGAAUCUUUAAAUCAUGAUGCUAUCGUUCGUAAACGUAAAGACAUUUUAAAAAUAAUUUCUUCUUUAGGAGGCAAAGUUUACUAAAAAUUUUUAGUUUUAUUAAUUUAUUGAAAACCUUCACUUGAAAUAUUUUUGUUAAAUAGAAAAAUUAAUUAAACUUGAAAUAUAUUUGUUUUUAAUAUAAUUAUUAAAGUUAAAUACCAUAAUUCUCUCAAUAAUUAUUUUAUGUUGUAAAUAAUUAUACAGUUUUCCUUAUAUAAUUAAAACUAACUAAGAAGUAGAAAUUUUA